AUGACCUCGUCUUCCCGCUUUCAUUUCCCGGUCCAUGCCGUUUCCAAUGACCGUGUUAAACUUACCCCUCUCGAUCUCGAUCUCCACCUAGACACCUUUUUUCGUCUUUCUGUAUCACACCCAGAGCUAUAUGCACAUAUGCCAACCGGACCAUUUGGCUCUUUGACCGAACUCAAGGCCGAGUUUCUCGAGCGACCGAGUAGCAUCUUGUCAUUCUCCAAUCCCGAGUCCUUUGCAUUUGCGGUCAUUGAUAAAACACGCCCCCCUUCGCCAGAGGACCCCGAAGGUGAGCUCGCUGGUACCGUAUCUUUGAUUCGGACGUCGCCUGUCCACCUUUGUACCGAGAUUGGAUUCAUCGUUAUUCUGCCACCAUACCAGCGCAGCCAUGUUGCCACGAACACCGUUGGCCUUGCAUUGAAAUAUGCCUUUGAGACGCCGGAAAAUGGUGGCUUGGGUCUUCGCCGUAUUCAUUGGCAGGCUAGUACGACAAACCCUGCCAGUGCUAAAUUAGCAGAGAAGAUGGGGUUUGAAAAGAUAGGAUUGACGCCUUGGCAUAUGCGCUUUAUAGGAGGCAAGGAGAAAGGCAAGAUUGGAAAUGGAAAGGAGCCACCAGUUGGAACCCAUUCUAAUGACCUGUGGAGAGACACUCUCUCUUUCACCUUCGCCUGGGAUCAAUGGGGAAACGGUGGCAAGGAGAACGCCGAGCGAAUUAUGAUGUGGUAA